UUUUUUUUUCUCACAUCAUUUUUUUUCUUUCUUUAUUAGCAUGUCUUUCAAUAAUUCAUCUACACAGUUACAAAAUGAAUCAUCGUCAAUUAAAGUAGAUAUGCGUGAUGCACUCACAACACCGCAUUCAGAUCCAGAUAACCCUUUUGCAUUCAGACCUGAACAAUUAGCUGCAUUACAUGAUCCCAAAAACAUUGAAUUACUACACACCUUUGGUGGUUUAGAGGGGGUGGCUAAAGGUCUCCAUGCUAACGUACAUACAGGACUUGAUCCCAAUACUGUCUUCUCGCCUCAUAUUACCUUGCAUGAUAUUACGUAUGAUAAACAACAAAUAAAAGACCAAGUUAGCACAUUAACAUCAGAAGAGCAUGAUAUUCCACCAAUCACCCCAACUGAGCCCGUUGUAGAACAUACCGGCCCUUACGCAAAACGAGCCACUUAUUUUGGCGCUAAUGUCCUACCCGUCGUCAAGGGAAAGAAUCUGUUUGAUCUGAUGUGGAUCGCAUUUAAUGAUAAAACACUUAUUUUAUUGGCUGUGGCUGCAGUGGUUUCAUUGGCUGUGGGAAUUUACGAAGACGUAGCAGAACCCGAGUACGAUACCAACGGCAAAAAGAUUGCGGGUGUGAAAUGGGUGGAAGGUGUUGCUAUUAUUAUUGCUAUUUUGAUCGUUGUCAUGGUUGGCAGUGUCAAUGAUUUCCAAAAAGAAAAACAAUUUAGAAAAUUAAAUGCCAAGAAAGAUGAUCGUAUCGUUAAAGCAACUCGUGAAGGAAAGACUGUUCAGAUCUCUGUCUAUGACAUUCAAGUAGGUGAAGUCCUUUAUUUAGAACCAGGAGAUAUCGUGGCUUCGGAUGGCUUGUUUAUCAGUGGCCAUAAUGUACGAUGUGAUGAAUCUGCUGCUACAGGUGAAUCAGACGCUGUACGCAAACAAUCCUACGAAUCAUGUUAUGCUUUACAUCACGAACAACAAGAGGUUGAAAAAUCAGAUUUACUCGCUGUUCCUACUCUCAAUAAUGGCAGUUCCUCCAUUAGUAGCGCUACCGAAACCACCAAGAAAAAUGACGUCCAUAAAUCCGUUCCUGAUCCCUUUAUCAUUUCUGGCUCCAAAGUCUUGGAAGGUAACUGUACUUACCUCGUUACAGGUGUUGGUAUUCACUCUUACUAUGGUCGUACCCUCAUGGCUUUACGUACUGAGAAUGAAACAACCCCUUUACAAGAAAAGUUGAACGCUUUAGCUUCCAUGAUUGCAAAAUUAGGCUCAGCUGCCGGUCUUUUAAUGUUAAUUGUCUUGUUAAUUCGUUAUUUUGUCAACUGGAAGUAUGAACCCAUCCCUGCUGCCACUGAAAUCGUCCAACAAAUCAUGGGUAUCUUGAUUGUUGUGGUCACCAUUGUUGUAGUUGCUGUACCUGAAGGUUUGCCCCUGGCCGUCACACUUGCACUGGCAUAUGCUACACAACGUAUGCUCAAGGAUAACAAUCUGGUCCGUGUUUUGGCUGCUUGUGAAACCAUGGGUAAUGCUACCACCGUAUGUUCUGACAAAACAGGCACAUUGACACAAAACAAGAUGACGGUCGUUGCUGGUACUUUGGGUUCCUCCUUCCGUUUUAUUCAAGACCCACCUUCCAACCGUGUAGACCUUAGUGAUAUAUCUACCAUCUCUGAAAAGGUCCCCAAACCCAUUAUUCGUAUGAUCAGUCAAUCCAUUGCUAUUAACUCGACUGCAUUUGAAGCCCCCGAUGAAAACAAUACCGUGCAAUUUGUCGGUAACAAGACAGAAACCGCUCUCUUACAAUUCGCAAAGAACAUGGGGUCCGAUAACUUUGAAGAGUUAAGAAAUACAUGGCCUAUUCAGCAAGUCUUCCCUUUUAGUUCUGAAUGUAAAGCCAUGGCUACUGUCAUUCGUAUUCCUCAUCCUACCAAAACAGGUGAAUUCAUUUAUCGUGCUCAUGUUAAAGGUGCUUCUGAAAUCCUUGUUGAAAACUGUGGUCAUAUCUUGACCUUGAACGCUGCUAAAAAUAACGAUAGUGAACAUGAUUAUGAUGUCAAAACACGUCCUUUAACUACCGAAGAUCGUAGUCGUGUUGACCGUAUCAUCCAAUCCUAUGCUACUCGUAGUUUACGUACCAUCAGUAUUGCCUACCGUGAUUUUGAAAGUUGGCCUGUCAAGGAUGGUAAUGAAGUUCCUUAUGAAACUAUCACUCAAGAUAAACAAAUGGUAUUGCUCGGUAUCGUCGGUAUUGAAGAUCCUUUGCGACCUGGUGUCAAGGAAGCUGUCAAAGCCUGUCAACGUGCCGGUGUGUUUGUUCGUAUGGUCACUGGUGAUAACGUGGUGACAGCUAAAAGUAUUGCUAAACAAUGUGGUAUCUAUACUCCUGGCGGUAUUGUCAUGGAAGGUCCUGUCUUUCGUAACUUACCCCCUAGUGAAAUGGAUGCUAUUCUUCCUCGUCUCCAGGUAUUAGCAAGAUCCAGUCCCGAAGAUAAGCAGAUCCUUGUGGGAAGAUUGCGUGAAUUAGGUGAUAUUGUGGCUGUCACGGGUGAUGGUACCAAUGAUGGUCCUGCUUUAAAGAUGGCUGAUGUAGGUUUCUCCAUGGGUAUCGCUGGUACAGAAGUAGCCAAAGAAGCCUCCAGUAUUAUCUUGAUGGAUGAUAACUUUUCCAGUAUUGUACGUGCUAUUAUGUGGGGUCGUUGUGUCAAUGACGCUGUCAAGAAAUUUCUCGAGUUCCAAAUCACGGUGAAUAUCACUGCUGUGCUUUUAACCUUUAUCUCUGCUGUAGCUAGUACCCAUCAAAAGUCUGUCUUGACUGCUGUGCAACUGUUAUGGGUAAACCUGAUCAUGGAUACCUUUGCUGCCCUUGCUUUAGCUACCGAUCCUCCCACUGAAGAAUUAUUAGAACGCUCCCCCGAAUCCAGAUCUGAUCCUUUGAUUACUUUCAAGAUGUGGAAAAUGAUUAUUGGUCAAGCCAUCUUCCAGAUUGUAGUCACCAUUGUAUUGCUUUACAGUGAUGUAUUACACUAUGAAUCCGAUGAUCCCAUCUUGAUGACCAUUGUCUUUAACACCUUUGUAUUCUGUCAAAUCUUUAACGAAAUCAAUUGUAGACGUAUCGAUUCCCACUUGAACAUUUUCCAUAACAUCUUGGCCAACAAGUUCUUUAUGUUUAUCUUUAUCUUUUGUAUCUUCCUCCAAUGUAUCAUUGUCAACUUUGGUGGCAGUGCAUUCCAAGUAGUUCGUAUUGACGGUAUUGGUUGGGCCAUUUCUAUCUGUGUCGGUUUAUUAUCUUUACCCAUCGGUGUGAUUAUUCGUUUAAUUCCUGAUCAAGCUUUUGCCUGGGUAUUUGUGUUUAAUCCUGCUGCCCGUCAACGUUAUUUGGGAGGUCACUCAAGUAACCAAUCCCCUAGUGUUUAUGUCGCUGGUAAUGAACGCAUUGCCUAUGGAAAGCAACCCAAGACAAACUAUGAACCAAAGCCUCAACAAAUUGAAAACGUGGAAGAAAGUGCACCUCAAUAUACACCCAAUGCUGAAAAGGGUGCUCUCCCCCCUGCUUGGACCACAAAUUCUCAAGAUACCUUUGAAGAUCAUAAUCAAGAUACCGUCCUUUCCUCUGGCUCCUUAGAGCGUUAGAAACCUUCCCUUCUUUUUUUUUAAAAAAACUUUACACUUUAAUUUUCUUUUUUAAUCUAUACAAGCAUCCCUCUCUUUACUUAAUAAAUUCACAAUUAUAUGACAUG